GAAGACGAGGAGGUAAAGGGCCACCUCGAGAAGUAACAGUACCUACGGCUAGUUCGCGUAAAGCAAAUGCGAGAGUAAGCAAGGUAUAUGUGGAGAGGUCUGGUGGCUGCUUGCUUCGCCUGCCUGCUCGGCUCGGGUGCGCUGCCCGCCAGGACGUUGAACCCAGCGCGACUCAACCUGGGGAUCAUCCGCGGGUACAGGGCCCUCCUUUACCGUAUUUUCGUAUGCGGCCUCUACGCUACCUGGUUUGCCCGUACGGAUCAGUUGGACUCGUGAAGAUUAUCUUCCUGGCUUAUCCCUUCUGUGUGUCAAGGGGUUGAUGAUCCAGGGUGGUGAAGGGAGGAAAGAGCAACGCGAAUUAUUCCCUGCGAAUGGACGUUACUUGACUGCGUGACUCUCGUUGGCUUUUUUUAAACGUUAAAUGACUUUUUAAAAACUGCUCCAAUUUUUUCACAUUAAUUUUUUUUUCCAAAAGGGUUGAACACUCCUAACUCUAAACUUGGACAGCUGACUUUUUACGUCUGUCCUACUUAACUUUCUUCUUUAAACUUUUUCGUAACUUUUACCACAGAAUUGUCCCGUGUUACGCGAAUUUUUUGUCGUUUCCCUCACAGAUCUGGAUCGAUCGUAGGAGUCUCUUACGAGUCUUCUCUCUUCGCGUUGAUCGAGACGCAAAUUUUACUCAUACAUCUACAGUUAUAAAAUACGGCAAUUAAUAUUACUAAUUAAUAAUUGCCGUAUAGGUGAAGUUAAGCGAUAUUCCUUAAUCGUUGACAAUCGAUCCCACUGCCCGCAUCUCUCUUGUCGUUCCAUACUCUCUUACUCUCUCUCUCUCUCUCUCUCUCUUUCUCUCUCUCUCUAACUCCCCGACCACUUUCAACACCACGUCUCCCCCUGUACCUCGACUCACGGCAUAACGGUUGUCUUCCGAAGCACACGCGCGAACCUUCUAGAAGGUGGGUUAAAUCGCGCGCCGAGAUGUACAAUAACAGCAAAGAGAGCUUAAACCAACUGUAGGAAGAAAGUUUUUAAUAGGACAAAAGAAACAAUUGUUUCUGAAUAAACCAAAAAUCCAUAAGUCAGAAAGUCAACAGAAAGUAUCUUUAAAGUACAUGCGCAUGUAUCUGCAUCUGACAACGACAGAAAGUUCAUGAAAAUCAUCAGUCCAAUGGAAUCCGAGAAUGACUAUUGCGUAAAGUAUAAAGCGGCGGCCAUAUUUAUUUUCUACGCGCACUCUCUCUCUCUCUCUCACACACACACGUAUCUAUAUCCUACCACAGGGUCUCUCUCUACGUAUCCAUCUCUCUCAAAUCUUUUUCCCAACAGCACAGCCCCUUUCUCCGUGCAAGCGAACGAAGUCGACGACGCGAGGCGUCUCCGGGCGUCCCCAGGCGUCGGUGCCCUGGCGAUAGUGAAAGUGCGGCCGCGUAUACAACGCAGAAAAGAGACAACAAAGAAAGAACCGGUGAAGAGAACGAAACCGGGCCGAGGGAACGACCUAACCAGGAGUCGCAAUGUCCUGACGAAGAUGGAACGCACCUUCGGACCACUGGGCGCUCUGUACCGGUAUAUGCAGUCAAGAACGCGAGUCAAGAUCUACACCAGGAACGAGAGGGGUAUCAGAGGACACGUGGAGGCAUACGUGGUCGCCUUCGACAAGCACUGGAAUCUCGCAUUGGAGGAUUGCUUUGAAGUCUGGACUCGUAAGGUCAAAAGAAAGGCGCCUGCAUUGGGUCCACCAGAUAGCAUCAAGCUGCCGGACGACAUGCCCAGGACAGUCGUGAAGGAAAGUAACGGAAAAAUCGAGACCCUGGAGAGGCACGUGACGCAGUUGCUACUGCGAGGCGAGCAGAUUGCCAUUAUAAUGAAAAUUGACUAGCGCCAUUAUACAAAUAUAUACAUAGCCAGUCACGAAUAAUACUAGGGUACAUUUACUAUAUGCACAUAAAGCCCAUUGCAACCUGAUCAACGUGAAAGUGAAACGGAAUAUAGGAUUAUAAUCGAUCAAUCGUUGUGUAUCAUGAAAAUCGACCUAAGGCGCUUACCAAUCGCCAUAUGAUUAUACACACCAAAUAGCCUAUUGAUAAGAACGUAUACAUAAAUUAAUCACAAUAACAGCAUAAUACAAGCAAGACCAUUGUAAGAUUACUCAGUGUCAAAAUUUUUGCAAAUUAAAUUUGAAGGGGACUCGAUCGAAUUUCAUUCGACGAUAAACAACAACGGACAAUACAGCAGUCCGUUCUAUAUAUAGAGAACCGUCCUGGCGUGGGUGAAUAAAUUGAAAAAAUAAAAACCACGUCAAAAAUUAA